AUGGCAGCAUCAACACCUAUACCAGACACCAUCUACUUUGGCCCCUUCGUCCACAGCAUAUCCCUCAGCACGCUAGAAAUCGAGCCCAAUGGCGCCAUCGGUGUAGACUCCAAUGGCAUCAUUCGCUUUGUAAACCGCAACGUGGAGUCUCUGGCCUCCCUUCUCUCUUCCCUGGACACUGCCUGGACAGACGCCAAGGUCAUCUCGAUCAGCGAAACCAGCAACAGAUUCUUCUUCCCGGGCUUCAUCGACACCCACGUCCACGCGCCCCAGCACCCGAAUACCGGACUAUUCGGCAAGACCACACUCCUGGAUUGGUUGCAGAAGUACACCUUCCCCACUGAAUCCUCCUUCUCCGAUAUCAAGCGUGCGUACCGCGUGUACACAAACUUCGUGUCAAGAACACUCUCACAUGGCACAACCACAGCCGCAUACUACGCCACUAUCCACGUACCCGCCACCAACACCCUCGCCGACAUAUGUCUGGAGCGCGGCCAGCGCGCCCUCAUAGGCCGCGUAUGCAUGAACAGCGACCUAAGCCCGGAAUACUACCGCGACACCAGCGCAGAACAAAGCUACCUAGACUCCAAAUCCAGCAUCGACUACAUCCGCUCCAUCGACCCCAAAGGCACCAUCGUAAAACCAAUCAUAACCCCGCGUUUCGCCCCCUCCUGCACCCCCGACUGCCUCAGCGCAAUGGGCCGCCUAGCCCAAGAAACAGACGCCCACAUCCAAACCCACAUUUCCGAAAACAAAGGCGAAAUCGAACUCGUCAAGAGCUUAUUCCCUGAUUCAAAGAGCUAUGCGGAUGUCUACGACUCCCACGGUCUCCUUACCGAUAAAACUAUCCUAGCACAUUGCGUGCAUCUUACCCCCGAGGAACGCAGUUUGAUCCUCGCCCGGAAAAGCAAAAUUAGCCAUUGUCCUGCGUCGAAUACGGCGAUAACAUCUGGUUGUGCUCCUAUCCGCUCGUUGCUAGAUGAAGGCCACACGGUCGGCUUGGGAACAGACAUCUCCGGCGGUUUUUCGCCUUCUAUCCUGGAAAAUGUACGUCAGGCGAUUUGGGUAUCGCGACACCUGUGCAUCCAGACGUCUUCGGAUGCUGUCAAGCUAUCUACAGAAGAGGCUUUGUACCUCGCUACCCGCGGUGGUGCCGCAGUUGUGGGUCUGCAAGAUACAGUUGGCGGGUUUGAAGUCGGGAAGGAGUGGGAUGCGCAGAUGAUCAAUCUGGGUGCUGUGGGUGAGUUUGGGAGUGAGGCGGGUGCGUUCGAGGAGGGGCCGGUGGAUGUGUUUGGGUGGGAGAGUUGGCAGGAUAAGGUAGAGAAGUGGGUGUAUAGUGGGGAUGAUAGGAAUACGGUUGCGGUUUGGGUUAGGGGGCGGUUGGUGCAUUGUACAGAGAAGUAUCCGUAUCGGAAAGAGGUUGGGUAUGCGCCAUCGAAGGGAUGUACGCCUUGA